GAAAACCCUAAGUAUUUAUUGUUUUCUUUGUUUUUUGAGAAAGAGGUAUUUAUGGUUUUGCCCAUCGGAUCCUCUAAUUUGAAGAGAUACCGUUCAAAGUUCAAACCCUAGCUACGAAAAUAGACGAUGGAUUCAACCAAAACGAUAAAAGAGAGAACCGUGCAUGAUCAGGAAGAGCUUCCAUGGGAGUUGGUUGAAGAAAUACUCACUCAUGUCUCUCCAAUAUCUCUUGUUCGCUUCAGAAUCGUUUGCAAAAGAUGGAACGAUCUCUUCAACGACAAGACGUUCAUCGAUAACAACAAGUCGACGUUUCGAUUCAUUCUAACAACCAAGUCCAAGAUGUAUUCGGUAAGCAUUGACCCUAAGAUAGUGGUGCGUGAAUUAACAUUGGAUGUUCCCGAUAAAGAAUCUGAUAUCAAACAUUUGGCUGACUGCAAUGAGUUCUUGCUAUGUCGCAUGAAAAAAGAAGCAGCGGUUUGGAACCCGUGGUUGAAACAAAGUAGAUGGAUCAAAGCUGAUGUUAGCCAACCUAGUUUAGAAGUCGAUGGCAUAGGCUAUGAUAAUAAUAAUAAUAAUAAUAAUAAUAACAAAAUGAGAGCUGAGGAAAGACGUUACAAGACCAUUUGGUCUGGCUGGAAGAACCAUUGGGUGUGGAAAACCCAAGACUUUUCUUCCCAUGUGUGGAAAGACCUGAAGCCUAUAAGUGGAGACAUAAGUCUGAAACAUAAAGUAGAUACCUUAUUCACAAGAUGUGGUGUAUUGUUACACGGAAAUUUGUAUUGGAUUGCUUUCUAUGACAAGACUGAUCCCUUGUACCAUCUAGUUAACUUGGAUUUUUCCAGCGAGAGAUUCUAUGCAUCCUUUUGUGAUCUACCAUGUGGGAUGAACCAUCCUCGCAAUGCUCUUGUCCUUAGGGUCUUCAGGGAAGACCGGUUUUCGUUGUUGAAACAAUGCUACAAGACAAAGAAGAUUGAGAUUUGGGUGACCAAGAACAAGAUUAACGUCGAGGAUGGUAAUGAUGUGGUUUGGAUGAACUUCAGGACUUUGUCUAUACCUAACUUUCCAGGUUUAGUAGCGAAGGAAUAUUCCUACCCUCAGACUCAGCCAAGUUACUUCAUCAACGAUAAAAGGCUUGUUUUGUGUUCUAGCGAUGAAACUGGCCAUCCUUGGAUCUAUGUUGUGGAAGAAAACAAGUUGAUCAGCAAAGUCCAACUAAAUGAUGUGGUUGAUCCUUGGCCUUUGCAUUGUACCUAUUUUCCAAGCUUGGUCCCGGUUCCUGGAGGUCCAAGAGAAGAAGGUCUGUUACAAGUUAAUUAGUUUUAUUACGUUAUUUUGUCUUCUUGUUUGGUUUUUGAUGCUGAGGAAGCUAAUAAUGAUUUGGAUUUUUUUGGUUUUUUGUCAUUCAUAAAUUCAUGUCAUUGUUGAAUCUAGAGUUAGCUCACUUUACAAAUAUAAUAUUAUGUAAGACAAUA